AUGAAAGUCCCAAUGGAGGAAAAGCAGUUUCCUGCAUCGUCAUGGUCAUGGUCAGUUGAGAAGUGUCUGAAAGAGUAUGGUGUGAAAUUUGACAAGGGUUUGAGUUCUAAUGAGGUUCAGAAGUGGCACGAGAAAUACGGUUCGAAUGAGCUAGCGAAAGAGAAGGGAAAGUCGUUAUGGAAACUAGUGUCGGAACAAUUUGACAACAUGUUAGUGAAGAUAGUUUUGGCUACAACCUUUGUAUCGUUUCUUUUAGCAUACGUUCAAAGAAGUGAAUCAGGGAAGUUUGGAUUCGAAGCUUACAUAGAUCCGCUCGUGAUCAUUUUGAUCUUAGUCCUUAACGCGAUUGUUAGAGUUUGGCAAGAGAACAACACUGAAAAGGCUCGUGAAGCUCUUAAAGAGUUAUAA